UAAAGGACGGAAUGUUGUCUAAAAACCUACACCUUCGUCGAAUUUUACACCCUAAUAUUAUAAAAAGCGUUUCGUUAAAUUAUAGCAAUGAUGUAUCCGGAACGGAUAAUGAAGAUUUAAAAUAUUUGGGUCGAAGAAAAGUAGAUUUACGGAAAGAAUAUGACAGAGUUCGACAGAAAGUAUUCGAUUUACCCCCACCAAAUGAUGCCAAUCCAAAGUCAGUAUUUGCUAACAAUGAAUUAGAUUUAUCUGAAAUAAAAAUCUAUGGGUUCGAUUACGAUUAUACUUUGGCCUCCUAUGCUGAUUCAUUGAAAAAUUUAAUAUACGACAUGUCCAGAGAUGCACUAGUUCACAUUCAAAAGUAUCCCAGUGAAUUACUAAAAACGAAAUUCGAUCCAACAUUUGCUGUUAGAGGACUCCAUUGUGACGUCCAACACGGUCUGCUACUGAAAAUUGAUGCUUUCCAUGAUAUCCAAAAAGGAUGUGUUUAUAGAGGACUGCAACCUUUAUCUCAGGAUGAUAUCAUUGACUUGUACGAUGGAACACAUGUAAAUAUAGACCAAAUGAAUAAUUAUUAUGGUUCAGUUAAAAAAGGAUCCAAUGCUACAAUGCAUCAAUUAAUGGACUUAUUCGCUCUACCUGAGAUGACUCUAUUUGCCAAUGUUAUCGAGUUUUUUAUAGAAAACAAUAUUCCUUAUGAUCCCGAGUACGUUUUUUUCGACGUCAAAAAUACUGUACAAACCUUACAUAAAUCUGGAUCUCUUCAUAAAGAAGUUAUGAAUCAAAUUGAUACGUAUGUUAAUCCUGGUGACGCUGUUACCCAAUUAUUAAGACGCCUUUCGAGUGCUGGAAAGCAAUUGUUUCUAAUUACAAAUAGUUCUGCUGCUUUUGUAAAUGCUGGUAUGGAAUUAAUGGUUGGAAAAAACUGGAAUGCUCUCUUCGACGUUAUUAUUACAAAUGCUAGAAAACCAGAGUUCUUCCAUGAAACCAGAAGACCAUUCAGAAAGAUAAACACUCAUACUGGCCAAUUAUCUUGGGAUAGGGUAACGGUUUUCGAAAAAGGAUGCUUUUAUCAAGAAGGAAAUUUCUUCCAAUUGGAGCAAUUGACUGGUUGGUGCGGAAGUGAAGUUUUGUACUUUGGAGAUCAUGUCUAUACAGAUUUGGCCGUUCGAACUGUCUUUAUUCAAGUGGUAUUCAAUAAAUACACCUUUUGCUUUACAGGAUGCAACUUUAAGACAUGGAUGGCGUACUGGCGCAAUCAUUCCGGAGCUAGAAAAAGAAAUCACUAUAAUAAAUAGUACAGAGUUUAAAGAAGCCUUAAGAAGACUUGUAUCUUUAGAAAAAUUGAUAGAAAAAAUGCAGAUUUACGAAGAUGCUGAAAGCCAAACAAUACUUGCUGAAUGGUUGAAAGAAAGAGAGAAUUUAAGGUUAAGAACGAAAGAGUUGUUUAAUCCUCGAUUCGGGUCCAUGUUCAGGACAUAUCAUAAUAUGACAUACUUUACAAGAAGACUAAUGAGAUUUGCUAAUAUUUACACAUCAUCUGUAGAAAAUCUCUUGAAUUAUUCUCUCCUACAUACGUUUUAUCCGCGACGAACUGCAUUACCCCACGAAUUGGACGUUAUAAGUGAAAUACACUGAUAAUUAAGGGUAACUGGUAACUAAUGUUAAUAAAUUUUGUUGUUUUUUCUUUAAAGAAAAGCAAUUCGUUCUUUUAAAAUAAUUUUGCAGUGAAUAAUCAACGGACCAGCGUUUUUUAGUUCUAUUUCCGUCGAUUAAUUUACUAAAAUAGAAAUAGAAGCUAUAUAAAGGACAUAUUAGGUCAAAUCAGCAUUUGUAUAUGCCGAUUUAUCAAAUCAACAUUUCUAAGAGACAAACUUGAUCGAGCUUCGUUGUAAUUAUAGAAACCUUUCAAGUUGUUUUUUCCUAAUAAGCUCCUUCAAGACUGCUCUACUGUUUUAUUAUUAUUAUUAUUAUUAUUA